AUGAUGACAUCCAGCGCUUGCAGGCCCGCAAUCGGCCAAAUGGAGCAAAUCAUCGUCACCCUGCAAGUUGGCUUAUCUGAGACGACCUUCAACCUCCACAGAGGCAUCCUCUCCGCCAGAGCCCCAUCCUCCGCAGGGACCGACCCCGAUAGUCCGUGGACAGAGACCCAGGAAAAUGUGAUGUCACUUCCCGAUACGGAGCCGGGCAUAUUCGAGGCCUUUGUCAUCGACUGGAUGUACACGGGCAAGAUUCAGAAACAGCCGGACUGGCUGCUGCUAGAGGGCUACAUAUUCGCUUCUCGCUAUGAGGUCCCCGGUCUCCGCGACCAUAUCGUCCGCGAUUUCUUUUCGGCUUACGUCUGGGGAGAUCGAGUCAAGCUACCGGCAUACCAACUUGUGUCUCGCGCAUUCAGGACUUUGCCUCUUGAAAGCAUGUUGUGCAAGCUCUUCUUGGAAUUGUAUGAGGUGGGCUGGUCAUCGGAUGCGGACGACGAGGACGCGGUGGAGGAGAGGGAUAAAUUGCCGGGAAUUUUCGUUAGGGAACUGUUAGUCCGUCUUGGGCGUCGCGAAGGUCGACACGACAGCGUGGGAUACUUGUCGGACUUCUUGGAGAGCUCUGACGAGUAG